UCACACUGCGAAAGGUUUAGAAGGAGUGAUCAUUCCACUUAGACCGCGAUUUCUUGGGAUUUCUUCCUACCUCCCUCGAAUUUUGGUCUCAUUGUCUUCCACCUGAAGCUGAUUUCGCUUCUCUGCAGAAAUCAACCAUCAAAACCCUAACUUCCCGUUUGUGCUGCAAUGGAAGGAGUCAUUUCUUUGAAGCAGCUAACAGCCGGUGAUAAAUCUCUGUUCUUCCCCAGAAACACCAGUCCUAUAAAUGGAAGUAAAUUCUGUGAUUUUAAGAGAAGGGGUUUCAGUUUGUCCAUCUCUGCAGUCGCCGAAAACGAUACAACUCAUGAAGCACAGGAUGCUUCAAAGCGUGCUCUUGCAAAGAAGGCUGUGGGACUUGUUAAAUCUGGAAUGGUGGUUGGUCUGGGCACAGGAAGCACAGCAUCACUUGCCAUUGAAGAGCUUGGUAGACUGCUUAGUCAAGGGAAGCUGAAAGAUGUUGUUGCUGUGGGAGCAAACUACCAGUCACGAGUUCUGGCUAGGCAGUUUGGUGUAAAGACUGUUGAUUUGAAUGAUGUCAAUAACAUUGACAUUGCAUUGGAUGGAGCAGAUGAAGUAGACUUGAAUAAAAAUUUAUUGAAGGGUGGGGGAGCUGCUCAUACCAUGCAAAAGGUUCUUGAUUCCAUGGCAAAGGAGUGUAUAAUAUUGGUAGACCAAUCAAAAGUGGUUCUCCAGCUUGGUAGUACAUUUCCCGUUCCUGUGGAAGUUCUCCCUCCUGCCAUAUCACCUGUCUUGAGGCGGCUUGUGACUCUUGGAGGAGUUCCUGAAAUUCGAUCUGCUUUGAGGAAGGAUGGUCCAGUGAUCACAGAUCUAGGAAACAUGAUGGUCGAUGUGAGCUUUCCAAAUGGGAUCCAGAAUCCAGCUGAGCUUGAGAAGAGCAUCAACAUGAUACCAGGUGUUAUUGAUAAUGGCAUUAUAUCUGGUGUUGCAUCAUCUGUGAUGGUUGCCAUUCAGGACAGAGAUGAUGUCUUGGUGAUGAGCUUGGAGGAGUUUGCAAAAAUUGUACUUGACCAGACAAAGGCAGAGUCAACCUGAUGAAAUAUGUAAAUGAAGAAUCAGCACGGAUCAAUAUUUUUGUAUUGGUAGCUAUAUCAAUUAGAGCAGCAA